CAAGUGUGGCUUUAUCGGUAUUGCAAUACAUACUCAGCAGAAAACGGACACAACAUCAUCGUUAACAACAACAAAGCUUGGUCCUUUGCCUCUUUUAGUCGGCGAAGUUUCCUUCUUUUCUUGUUUGUUUCUGCUACGGUUUCCCUGCCUUAGGGUUUAUCAUACAUAUUUCUCACAAGAGACUCGCCACUUUGUCAUCGAAUCAACAAAAUUUUCGAGAUGAGUUUGUGGGAUUCCCUUCUCAACUGGCUCCGGAGCUUAUUUUUCAAACAGGAAAUGGAGCUAUCUCUUGUAGGCCUUCAGAAUGCAGGAAAGACGUCUCUUGUAAAUUCCAUUGCUACAGGAGGCUACAGUGAGGACAUGAUUCCGACUGUUGGGUUCAAUAUGCGAAAAGUUACAAAGGGAAACGUAACAAUAAAGCUUUGGGACCUUGGAGGGCAACGGCGGUUUCGUACCAUGUGGGAACGUUAUUGUCGUGGUGUUUCUGCAAUUGUGUAUGUGGUUGAUGCUGCUGAUAGAGACAGUGUUCCCAUUUCCAGAAGUGAAUUACACGAACUCCUGACGAAACCUUCGUUAAGUGAAAUUCCUUUGCUUGUUCUUGGUAACAAGAUCGACAAGUCAGAAGCACUUUCCGAGCAAGCUUUGGUGGAUCAAUUAGGCCUUGCCUCGAUGACAGAUCGAGAGGUUUGCUGCUACAUGAUCUCUUGCAAGGAUUCCGUAAACAUCGGCACUGUCAUUGACUGGCUUAUCAAGCACUCAAAAACUGCAAAGUGAUCCAUAUGUUCACUGCAACACUCAACGUGUUUCGAUCAAGAAAUAUUUAAGGUCCUUGCCUGGAAGCAGAGUAUGCGAGGACAACCGUUCAUGCUGGAAUUUGUUUACUAGCAUUUCAUUUCAGUUGAGCUGCAAGUGAAUGUUCUGUACAGAAAAUGUAACAAUUGAGUUGAGCUUUCCAUGAUUUUUUUUUUUAAUCUUUUUAUGCACUAAUUAUUGUUUUUAAAAGUUGAUGAGCCUCAUUGGUUUGAUUUUAUUUUUUAAUCUCUGUAAUAUACUUUGCGUUAUGUGAUUGCUUUCACGUGUUAUCAAAACUCACUUUCCCUAGA